AGCCGCCAGACGAAGUCGGAGCCUGUGCGCAGCUGGAAACAACCGCGGAGCGACCAUGAGGGAGAUCGUGCACCUGCAGGCCGGCCAGUGCGGCAACCAGAUCGGGGCCAAGUUCUGGGAAGUCAUCAGUGAUGAACAUGGCAUAGACCCCACUGGCACCUACCACGGGGACAGUGACUUACAGUUGGAGAGGAUCAAUGUCUACUACAAUGAGGCCUCAGGUGGCAAGUAUGUGCCCAGGGCUGUCUUGGUGGACCUGGAACCUGGCACCAUGGACUCCGUCCGGUCUGGACCUUUUGGGCAGAUCUUCAGGCCUGAUAACUUUGUCUUCGGUCAAAGUGGUGCUGGGAACAACUGGGCCAAAGGGCACUACACAGAAGGCGCUGAGCUGGUGGACUCCGUCCUAGAUGUGGUCAGGAAAGAAGCCGAGAGCUGUGACUGUCUCCAGGGUUUUCAGCUCACCCACUCUCUGGGUGGCGGCACUGGAUCUGGGAUGGGGACCCUGUUGAUCAGCAAGAUCCGGGAGGAAUACCCCGACCGUAUCAUGAACACCUUCAGCGUGGUGCCGUCGCCCAAGGUCUCUGACACAGUGGUGGAGCCAUACAACGCCACUCUCUCGGUGCACCAGUUGGUAGAGAACACGGACGAGACCUACUGCAUUGACAAUGAGGCUCUGUACGACAUCUGCUUCCGGACCCUCAAGCUCACCACUCCCACCUAUGGGGACCUGAACCACUUGGUCUCUGCUACCAUGAGUGGUGUGACCACCUGCCUCCGUUUCCCCGGCCAGCUCAACGCCGACCUCCGCAAGUUGGCUGUGAACAUGGUGCCCUUCCCUCGCCUCCACUUCUUCAUGCCUGGCUUUGCCCCUCUGACCAGCCGUGGCAGCCAGCAGUACCGGGCCUUGACCGUACCGGAACUGACGCAGCAGAUGUUCGAUGCGAAGAACAUGAUGGCGGCUUGCGACCCCCGCCACGGGCGUUACCUGACUGUCGCGGCCGUCUUCCGAGGCAGGAUGUCCAUGAAGGAGGUAGAUGAGCAGAUGCUGAACGUGCAGAACAAGAACAGCAGCUACUUUGUGGAGUGGAUCCCCAACAACGUGAAGACGGCUGUGUGCGACAUCCCGCCCCGCGGCCUCAAAAUGGCCGCCACCUUCAUUGGCAACAGCACAGCUAUCCAAGAGCUCUUUAAGCGCAUCUCUGAGCAGUUCACAGCCAUGUUCCGCCGCAAGGCCUUCCUCCACUGGUACACGGGCGAGGGCAUGGAUGAGAUGGAGUUCACGGAGGCAGAGAGCAAUAUGAACGACCUGGUCUCGGAGUACCAGCAGUACCAGGAUGCUACUGCUGAAGAAGGGGAGUUUGAAGAGGAGGCAGAGGAAGAAGUAGCAUGAAAAUCUCCUCUUUCUCUCUCUCUCUCUCCCCCCCCUCCCCAUGACUUCUCCUCUUCCUCCUUCUCCUUAUUCCCACCAGCCUUCUGAACCAAUGGACCAUAUUGCCUGCACUGGCAUAGACUUGAACAUUCUAGGCCAACCGAAAGGAGUGGAGAGCGGUGUGUUCUGAGUCCUCCCCACCUGGCCAUCCUACAUGCCGCAAGGUGGAAUGAUGCAUGCAGGACUGGUGAAGCGGGCUCGGGGAGGGAAGGUAGCAGGCGUCAGUGUCGUGUUCAGGAAUGGCAGCGGGGGAUAAUAUGUCUAGCUACACGCACCACCACCAAUAUAUUUUCUCACCUUACCCAGGGCAUGCACAUUUCAGAGAUGAGGAUGCACUAACUCAUAACUUGCAUUUGUUCUUGGGUUUCUUUUCCAUCCAUGCUGGGCUUAAAGAAAAGAUUAAUGGAACUCAAAGGGGGGGGGGUUGGUUGGCGGGUGAACAAGGCUCUGUCCUUUAGGGUGAAAUGUGGUUCCCCCUUUUGAGUGUGUUUGCUGUCAAAGCAGUUGUAUGUCUCCACAAUAAACUACUGAAUAACGGAUACA